GUAAAGCACAUUGAGUUACCUUGUGCAUGAAAUGCGCUAUAUAAAUAAAUUUGCUUUGCUUUGCUUUUAAAAAUAAAAAAAAAAAGGGAACAGAUCUUAAGUGACAGUGCCAAUUUAGGAAUUUUUUAUUUUUUUAUUUUUAUUUUUUAAAAUUCUUUCUUUUAAGACCACUAUUUCCUUUAAAUGGUUUCUGCAUGCCAGUUGAAAUGUUGGAUCACAUGUUGGUUUGAAGUGAUUCUUUGGUAUAAAAACUCCUUUGUGAACUAAUUGCACAAAACCACGCUUAUCAAGGCUUCCAUCGGGUAUCUUAUUUAAAAUAUAAUUUGCCUCCCAUCAAUCCUAGCAACGCUGUUUCAUCCAAUUCCUCCAUUUUGGUAGCUGAGCCGUGACGUUUGCCUCAGUAAAAUCUGUGUACCAGGAAAUCGUGCACUGAUAAAGGUUAUGCGUUGUUUGGAACACAAAUGCGAUUAAAAUGCAAAAAUGUGUUUGUAAUAAAUUAACCGAGAUAAAUGCAAGAGUGGUUAGCACAUCUGCCUCACAGUUCUGAGGACCCGGGUUCAAAUCUGGCCCCGCCUGUGGUGGAGUUUGCAUGUUCUACCCGUGCCUGCGUGGGUUUUCGCCGGGUACUCCGGUUUCCUCCCACAUCCCCAAAACAUACAUAGGUUAACUGAGGAGUCUAAAUUGUCCGUAGGAAUGAAUGUGAGUGUGAAUGCUUGUUUCUUUCUAUGUGCCCUGUGAUUGGCUGGCGACCAGUCCAGGGUGUACCCUGCCUCUCGCCCAAAGAUGGCUGGGAUGGGCUCCAGCAUGUCCGCGACCCUAGUGAGGAUAAGCGGUGCGGAAAAUGAAUGACUCCUACAAAUACAAAAUACAGACAAAAUCUUAAUCUCCAAUCAAAAUACACCAUAGCUCCCUUCAGAUUGGUACUUUGCAUACAGAAAAUGUUGAUUAAAGCUGUUAGAGAUGGGGGUGAGGGGGGGGGGGAUGUUCAUAAAGUAAAGCACAUUGAGUUACCUUGUACAUGAAAUGCGCUAUAUAAAUAAAUUUGCUUUGCUUUGCUUUGCUUUAAAAAAAAAAAGGGAAAAAAAGAGGGGGGAAAAGCUGCUUGGUGCAUGCAAUUUGAUUUCGCCUCCCGGCUGCCAAGCCGCGUAGGCGACAGUUGUCUUUGCGUCCGGUGUCAACGUAUUGUAAGUCACUAAUAUUCACCUCCAUGGCAGUGAAUAAACUACACUUCUUAACAUGCUACUUACACAUAUUGGUUACGUUAUCACGACGGGAGGCUGAGGAGCGGGUAGGAAAAGCAUGAUUCUAAUUGCUACGCUAUCGUGUCAUGAAGUCGCAAAACACCAAAAUAAGUGAUUGGGUGAUACAGUACACUUGUCACAUAGGUCUGUCUGGAACCGCGAUAUAGCAGAGAGUAACCAAGCUUUAACAACAAGAUAACAAGGCGACUAAUACACGUGUGGAGAUAUAAAGGUAAAAUAAAUCACGGCCUCACAAGACGCACCCUGAACCGGAAAUGAAUUAAUACGUCACAGGAGACGUCAUCUGAGAACGAGGUCAGGUUAAAAGUUAAUAAUCUUAUUAAUAAUAAUAAAUAUGUAUUUAUUAUAUAAGAAAUAUAAAUAUUAUAUAUUUAUUAUUAAGAAAAGAUAACCUUGAUUUGUCCCACAAGGGGGACAUUUCCAUCGUUUCAAUAGCAAUAGUGGCUACAGUAAAUAUAGAUAUAUAAUAUAAAUAUUAGGCUAAUUGAGUUAAUUGCCCAUAGGUGUGAAUGUGAGUGCGAAUGGUUGUUUGUUUAUAUGUGCCCUGCAAUUGGCUGACAACCAGUUCAGGGUGUACCCCGCCUCCUGCCCGACGACAGCUGGGAUAGGCUCUAGCACGUCCACGACCCUAGUGAGGAGAAGCGGAACGGAAGAUGAAUGAAUGAAUAUAAAUAUUAUGCUUGAGAAGACAUACACAAGUACAGUCAGAAAAUAGAAAUCUAAACUAUUGUCCAUGCAUAAACUAUCCAAUUCAAUCUAUCAGCAGAGUUAUUUGUUGCAAAAUAGAGUGCUGUGUUUUAAUUGACUUUUGAGAUCUGAUAAAUCGGAUUUAAUAGAAUUGCUUUUUUUUUAAGGUUGACAACAGAAUUGGUAAAGGCGAAUUAAUCCAUAGACACAGAUAUUUUUGACGAUGGCAUGUCAAAAUCUCAUAUACUUUGAUUCAGGCUGCAACUGAUUCCGCCAUUACAAGGUUGAUGCAAUAAAAACAUUAAAAUAACAAAUACCAAAGCCAUGAUUCAUUAAUGAUUAUAGAAUAAUGAUUAUGUUGUCCAAUUGAACAGUAUGCAGAAUUAUUUUAUCCUAUUACAAAAUCUACUGCAAUAACUCCCCUGCAGUAAUGUGCUUGACAAAAUUUUGAAUAUAUGGAAAUUUGGAUAAAUUGUUUGGGAAGUGAUUUUCUAUAGGGUGGCAGCUCUGAAGGCUUUAAAACAGGAUGUUCGGAGGAAAAUGGCCACUGAACUUAGCAUGUCACACAGAGUGUCAUUGCAGGUUGCAGCAGAGAUACAGAGAUCUCAGUGCGUGUGUUCGGAAAAUUCAAUCUGAUGCCCUAACUCGUUUCUGAACGGUGCAGAGUGUAGCGUAUUUUGUUUUGAAUAACAGCGUAAUUAAUUUGGAAAGGGGGUCGGAGGGUAAACGCCUGCGUUUCCCUCAGAGGCAAUUCAAGCAAACGUUAGAAUGUUACAAUCAAAGCUAUCUUUGUCUCAUAUAGGGCACCACAUCUCUUUAUAUUUAUAGUUUUUAGGGAAAGUGACGAAAAAAACUCUUUAUCAAUCUCUGUUCUCUAGAAGGCUCGCUGCAUUCAAUAGGAUGGUAGUUCUCAAUUUCACCGGUUAAAUGUUGCACUCAAACACACACAGUACACAACAGGAGGUUUAAUUUAGAGCAAGUUUAAUUAAAACUACAGGGAAAUUCAGGGAACAGAUGCAGAGGGACUUGACUAUGAAAAUCACAGGUAAACAUAUAUAAAGAACAAGUUAUAGGACGAAUGGCUGAAAUCGUGACAUGAGCGUGAAAUGAGUUGAUGCGUGUUGAGCGAUGAUAAAGCUGUGAAUGUCCGUGAUUGUUAGUUUAAUCUCAAAUUGUUAUGCACUAAUUUGUACUUGGUAAACAGCAAGGUGCACUCACGUUAGGCAGAUCAAGCUAGUCAAGCGGGUCUUCCGAUGUCUCGACAGGACGCCGACAGGUUGAUUUGAAGAAAAAGGGGAAAAACAGCAGGGGACUAAAACACAAGAAGAAGGUUGCUUGCCACGCGCUUACAGGGUAAAUUGCGCACGAAAAUCCUUCCUACCUGGGCAAACUUGCUGGCCACUCAAACUCUUGCGCUAGAAGAAGCGUAGGUGAGAGGUUGUGCAGAGUAGUCUCUUUGUCAUCAGUUCUUAGUGUGAUAUCUGUUAGAUCUAUAUAUAUGUUAUAGGAAAUAUCCGUUACAGGAGUGUGGCAGAGAGUGCUCCGAGGAUAUUUUGAAACGCACUUCAGAUACGCCAGUGCGCAGUAGCAGCCCGGCCAUAACCGUAGUAUAUACGUGGCGGCCGUGUUGGGGAGGUCAUGACAUUGCGUGGGUCUGCAAGUAAUGUCCGUAUGGAAAACAAACGGCGGCGUGCGCAAACAUGGUUCUGUUGGCGUUUCGACGCAAACAUUUCGGGUCAACCCAUUUUUGUGAUUGACUCAACCGAGUUAGUUGACUUUUUUUUCAUAGCCCUAGUUCAAGGUAAAGAUUAUAGUGCAUUUUAGGUUCAUUCUGAAAUUUAGCCCGAAAGCAGAAUAUCCCUAACCUUUUGUGAGUAGUGUACAAUGGAGACCAUAUUUUUAUCUUAUUACUUACUUAUUGAGUCAUUUAUAACACCACCUAGAACUCGUAUUGAUGAUUUACUUGUGAUAAUGGCAAUCAUUUUUGGCCAAGGGCAUUUUUUUUGUCAUGAGUGCUUUCUGUUGAUAACAGCUCACAGACACACAGAGAGAGGAAAUGCAGAAGCACAGAGAAGCAGCGCAAAAAGAUGCUGUCACUCGAAGGUUGAAGGGAAAUGGAAGACUGGCAUAUGUGCAAACAAUUCUACACAGUGUUCAGGUACUUGAGAUUUGAUGAUGAAUUCACCAACAUUGGAGGUCUUACUUCAGGAAUUGAAAGUUGCCCCAAAAUCUUUGGAUUCCUCUAACUCCAGUGAAUCUAGUCAGCGAAGUAUAAAUACUGUGGCAGAAAUUAAUAGUCCCCUCGUUAGUCCAUUGUCAUCAACAUCAAAUAGUGCCUUUUUCAGCUCUCAUGUGACGCCUCAACCAAGUCACAAGGGAGGGUGCCUUGUUGAGCAUCAUGAAAACCAACAUCCCUCUCAACCAAGCUCCUUUAAUAGUGCGAAUCCCUGCUCUGUAUCCUUUGGCGAUGUGACUCAUGCCAUUAUAGAAAACACCACCAGUCUUUCAGGAAGUCUUGAUAUAAGGAGUGUUAGCCAUUGCCCACAAGGAACUAAUAAUACAACUGACUUUUUCCUUCCCAAGACCUCAAAGACAAUGGCCAAAAUGUCAGAUAUCAUUAGCUACCCUCCCAUAGAUGGAGAGGAAUUGGAGAGAAGUGGACAAGAGUCAUCCUUUUCUCACGAUUUUCUCGCAAAGAGUGACAGUAGUUGUUCCAUAUUUCCGGAGGAUUCAAUCAGAAGUGAUAAUUUUCCUGAAUACCAAAGUGAAAAUGGUCAAAUGGACAUUGCUGAGAGUCAAGAUAAUCUUCCCCCCUGUGCUGUACUUAGCAUGAAGGAACGCCCCAAAAUUAGGCAUGUGGUGGUCCCCGUCCCCUUUUUGGACAGCUGUAGCUCUUCAAACAUUCUUGAGCUACCUCAAACACCAAGCAUUGAUUGUUUUUGUGCUGAUCAGCUUAUUCAAAGCAAUCAAGGAAAUACCGAAUCCAUGAACACGCAAGGACCCCAAACACAAUUAAAGUCUCCCAAUCGGCCAAGCCUCCAGGACCUGCUGAGAAAAUCUCAGGAGUAUCGCCGGCAACAGCGCUUGCUUAGGAACCAAGCCAAAAAUGCUAGAAUCCAGGAGCGAGCACAAGAACAACCAAGAGUGGAGGAGAAGAGCCUCUCUGAUAAGGAGAACAAUGAAUUUCACGAUAAAAGUACAGAGGGUAUAAAAACUAAACAGAAGAGUUUUUUCAAAACAAUGAAUACUACCUGCCAAAAAUCAGAUAAAAACAAACCAGUGUUUCUGGAUGAGUUGGUCAGCAAAAAGGCAAACCAUGAUUCUGAAAGAGUAUCUGACCAAAUCACCCUUCCUUACCAACAGCCGUUGUCGCAAUUACAAACUCAAGAAGUCUAUCACCUGACCAGUGAUCAGACAACCACAGACCCAUUUACUUCUGUGGAAGGGCGUGGAAUCUUUCACUCUAUCCCAGUGCCUAAUUUCUGCCAGAGUCCUGUUUACAGUAAGGGCUCUAGUAGUUUACCCGAUGGAGCAGAUAACCUCAGGGGGACCGUUCUGCUUAGUUCAAGCCCUAAUGAAAGCCACAAGGCUGAUGAAAAACAUAACAUUGGACUGCAAAGUGAUGCACCAAGCGCAAUAGUCAAGAGUUCACAGCACAUAAACCAGCUAGAAUCCUGCCUCUCCAACUUAAAAGAACUGAUCUCUGAUCUAGGGUCAUCACUUGUUCAACUUGAAGGAAAUUGGGAGGAUAGGCCUGAUGAGGGCAAUGUAGUAAAGCAAUACCAAAGGAACAAUGAGGGUACAAAAGGACAAUCACUUGAGUCUUGCAGAAGCAUGCUCGGAAACACAGACGAUCAAAACAACAGCAGCAAAGACCAUUUUCUGUCAAUCCUGCAGGAUAAAGGAAAAGAGGUGAAAUCAGAAAAGCUCAGUCUGGUCAACACCUUUACCGUUCAGGGCAAAAUCAAUGACAAAGCAUUCAACAUGAGUUCUGGACAGCUCGAUGAAAGCAGAAAGCAACAGCCACCACCUGAAUGUGUGCUCUCUUUAUCACAGUGGAUGCCAAUUCCUGAUGUUUUCAGAAAUGUUCUAUCAGAACCCACAGUUCCUCACGAUGUUCCAGUACUGUUGGACAGCAGUUCACAUAACACAGAAAAAAACAAUGAAUUGGCUGAGGAUGGUCAUAACUCCACUAACAUGCUCUCUGUCAACCAGUCCUUUAAUGUGGACAUGCCGUCUGAGGUGCAGCUUCUUGAGGGUUCAGGAUCUGAGCAGGACUCAAGCAACCAGUUGGUUCAAGGGAAGGGACUGACCCCCGUGAGUGUGGCAGGUAUCGAGAGCAUGUCAUCCAAGAAGGUCAAACGGAGACUCCUCAUGCAUGUGACAGAUAAUUAUCCUGAUAGGACUUCAGCACCCUGCAGUGAGGACCUGGCAGCGCUCAUCCCCAGCUACAGUACUUCCAGAGGGAGUGACAGUCUUGUGGAGGAACUGAAACAGGUCCAUGCUGCUCAGGUCAGAGCCCUGCAAGAACAGCACAGGAAACAGCAGGAAGAACUGUGUCAGGCACUCACAGUCCGUUACUGCUUGCUCCAGAGCUCGUCCUUCCCGUGCUCUCUGUCAGGCUCUCAUCUUGGGGACACCGUGACAUUCUCAAAGCUCCCUCAGCCCCUCAGCUCUCACCUAGAGCACUGCCGCCCCCUGCUGUUAGCUGCUGUCAAAGGCUAUCUGACACGCAGACUGCUCAGGACUGCGAGAGUGGCACAGCUAGUGGGCACCAUCAGGGAGACACAACAAUUCAUGCAGGCUUUGCAGCUGCCUAGUCCCAGAGGUGAAAUCUGUAGCCAAAAUGAUCGUAUAUUCCUGCAGCAAGUCUCUCGGCAGCUGCGAGCGUCGCGUUACGAGAUUUACGACAUCUUCUUCUGCUUGUCAGUGGCUGAAAGGAUGCAGCUGAUUAGUUUGGACAGAGAGCAGGCAAGGAAGAGAGUGCUCAGACGGCAGAUGGGCCACACAAACUGUCCGAAAGGAAAGAGUUUUUUGUCUGCUGGAACACAAAAGUCUCUACAGACUAAAAGAGGCAUCUUGAUCCAGAAAAAGGUGUCAGAAAGACGCACAGGAGUUGUGACGACUAAACACAAGACAGGAUUUACUAGCGAGCAGCCGCUCGCAACCAAGCGUGGCCAGUCGAGAACAAAGCCUGCAGCGAUUUCUCAGAGAUGGUACUCCAGCAGACCCCGAUGACACUUGCUCAUUUGGCCCCACUAAAAACUUUUUUAUCUACAUUUACCAAAGUUGGGCUCGCGUUGAACUAUUGUAGUGUCUGAUUUCCCGUAUAAAUUACAGAACGGGUUUCUGGUGGCCUGCAAAUGGACAGUUUUGUGUGGGGAUCAAUACAUAUAAACAUCAUAGCUAUGCCAGUCACUUCAACAACAGCCUUGGGUUUAUCAAAUAUUUGCUCUCGUGAAAUAACAUGAACCAUUUUUUUUUUUGGUUUUUUUUCCCGGUCGUUUGUUUAUAUGUGCCCUGCGAUUGGCUGGCAACUGGUUCAGGGCGUACCCCACCUCCUGCCCGAUGAUAGCUGGGAUUGGCUCCAGCACUCCCGCGACCCUAGUGAGGAUAAGGGGCUCAGAAAAUGGAUGGAUGUAUGGACGGUCGCCCAGUGUUUCCUCAAUUCAAGAUGGAAAGUACAGGCACUACAGAUUUAUUGUCUUUGAAGAAUCUGAGCAACUGACUGAUUCAGUGAUACAUUACAGUAUUUUGAGGCCCUUGUUUGGACUUUCAUACCUAAAUAUGUAAGUCCACGCUCCCCAAGUGUUGCCUUAUUUAUCUGGCCUGUUAUUGGUUUGCUUUAUAUAUCUACCUAAGAUGCCACUCGUUUUUUUUUUAAUCCAGAGUUAAGUUUGUGUAUUUAUAUUUGUAGGUAUGUUAUGUAUUAUUAGUUCGAUAAUAAACAUUUUCACAUAAUUA